CAGAUUUGCCACCUGCCGAAGUUACUCGCAUGUUCCAGUUCACACGCCAGUAGCCAGCAGUACCUGCGACUGUGCGUUUUUCUACCUCGUCUGUUCCCCUGGCGUUAGCUCGGCCACACUGGCCGUGCUAAAGGAAGACAAUAAUUGCUGUCGCACAAGGAAAAGUAAUGGUGGUGUGCUGUAACGACUCCAUCCAGGCAGCGGUGUGGCAGCUUAUUCUGUCGCAGUCCCGUUUAGCUUUAAAAAAAAAAUAGGCCACAGACAUUUGUCGUUACAAAGUCGUUUGGUCUCGUUUGGCGUUAUUCGGUGCACCGGGCCAACAGUAAUUCGACAUUGUUAUGUUGGCCUCGUGGGCGUCGGUAUUACUCACGAAGACUUGGUUCGUUUACUAUGAGCUCCCUAUCAGCCCAGCCUCCGGCAUCAAGCUCGUCAUGCAGGGCACUACCUGGAGAGGGAAAUCAGGUACAACCAAAAGCCCCUCUCCUGCAGAUCCUGCGUGUUGCCGGAGCCCAGGAAGAAGUCUUUACACUCAAAGAGGUGAUGCACUACUUGGGUCAGUACAUCAUGGGGAAGCAACUGUAUGACAAACAGAGGCAGCACAUAGUCCACUGCCAGGAUGACCCUCUGGGAGAGCUGCUGGAAGUGGACAGCUUCUCUGUCAAAAACCCAAGCCCGGUGUAUGAAAUGCUCAAGAAAUACUUGGUUGUGCUUGGUUGUGCUGACGCUGCAGAGAAUCUUUCUGUGGGCCGUGAAUGUGUAGAGGGCGGAGUGGAGGAUCGUGGUCAGAUGUGCGGAGGUGUGGUCAAAGCAGGACUGGAGGCUUGCAGUGACGGGCCUCUCCUGCAGACCCCCUCCCAGAGACGACCUCGGGAGCCAGAUGAUGACUCCCUUGAAGGCCUGCCACGGUCAGCCUGCAAACGGCCCAAACUGGAUGUGACUCUGGAUGACUGGGACCUCUCUGGCCUGCCCUGGUGGUUUCUGGGUAAUCUCCGUAGUAACUACAGCCGUAGGAGCAACGGCUCCACUGACAUCCACACAAACCAACUGUCUCCUGCACAGGAGGAGGACACAGCCAUUGUAUCGGACACCACAGACGACCUCUGGUUCCUGACCGAGGGCGAGAGUGAACAGGUGAGCGUAGAGAUGAAAGAUGCUGUGCUGGAGGAAGGGAGCGGUGGAGAAGGGGAGGCCCCAUCUGAGGAUGAUGAUGGAGGAGGGAAGGAGGAGAAGGCAGAUCGAGAGAUGCAGGAGGAGCCAGAUGAAGACUCCCAGUGUUUGAGUGAUGACACAGAUACAGAGAUCUCCACACAGGAUGCUUGGCAGUGCACAGAGUGCAGGAAGUACAACACACCUCUACAGAGGUACUGUGUUCGCUGCUGGGCCCUGCGUAAGAACUGGUACAAAGAUGUCCCUCGACUCGCCCAUUCCCUCUCUGUUCCCGACAUUCCAGCGUGCAGCUCCCUCACCACCCAUGAUGAGGAAGAUGAUAGCGACACAGGUAUUGAUGUCCCGGACUGCAGCAGGACAGUGUCUGACCCUGUCAUCCUGCCCUCUCACUCAACAGCCGACCGGCCACUGCCCACUAUGGUUAUGGGGAAAGGCAAGGGGCCUCGGCCCGCGGGCUUCCACAAGGAUGAGCAGCUCUCAGGAGGGGAGAGUCAGGAAAAUAUGGGCAUGGAGGUUGAAGAAGUUAGGCCUGAGGCACUGUUGGAGCCAUGCAAGCUCUGUCGAGUGCGACCACGCAAUGGAAAUAUAAUACACGGACGUACGGCUCACCUGCUAACUUGCUUCCCAUGUGCAAGGAGACUACAUAAGUUCCAGGCCCCUUGUCCAGGAUGUGGAAAGAUAAUUCAAAAAGUUAUUAAGAUAUUUAUCCUCUAAAAAUCUGUCACACACACACACACACACACACACACACACACACACACACACACACACACACACACACACACACACACACACACACACACACACACACACACACACACACACACACGUUUGUCUGGCUUUUGGGACCCGAACAGCAAAAACGAAGGCACACAUUAUCAAACACAUUUGACCGUACAGCUGCAUGCACUCUGGUACACACUCUAUAUGUAGACACACACACACACACAAAAUGUGCACCUUACCCUUAAAACAACAAACACAUACACAAAGUAUAGCACUUGGUGAAGCUUGCUCUUGGUUGCAUGGUUUAUUUUGCAUCACACUGCCUCUGAAGUAUUGUUAGAUGAAACCUUGGACAUAAGAGUUUGUCAUACCAAAUGUUUAUUUUGGUGCCACAUUUAAGUAAGGGACAUACAAAGGCAGAAGUAUUUAUUUAUUUAUUAGAAGAUCACAUAAAAAUGCACAGUUUGUGUGAACUAUUAUUUGAUUUCAUGAAGGCUUGUCUUUUCAGGCUAUGCGAAUUUUCUCAAUGGUUUUUGCAUUGCAUUUGUUGAAUGUUGCCAUUUUAAAAACUAGUAUUGCUUGCCUUAGUUCUGUUAGUUUCCCCAUAGACACACUUUGGUUAUCAACUGGACAAAAAUCUGCAGGUAUGUAACUACAGGAUGUUCUAUUCUUUAAGCAUUCUGUAGACUUUUUUUUUUUUUAAACCUUUUUUGUUUCCUCUUAGGUAUUCUGGCUUUGAGAUUUGAAUUAUGAAUACAAGAUUGAAGGAAAAACAGACGAGCGAGUCUUAAAAAGCAUGAUUUUGUUUUCAAUAGCUGCAGCUCCAUGAAAAUAUCUUCUUAAACUUUUCUUUUUAAAAAUACGUUCUCUCAGCAGGAGUGAAUGUGCUGUAAAAUAAGUCCUGUGUCUCUGAACAUAGUAUUUUAAAAUGUAGAACUGAAUUUAACCUGCUUGAGAAUGCACAGCUGAAGUAUUUACUGUAGUUUUCUCUUGGGGUAGUAAUUUGAUGUUAAUAUGUAUUCAAUAUUUACUAUUGCCAAUCCUCUGACAGUUAUGCCUGCAGUAAGUUAUGUCAUAUAAUUGUCGAUUAAUCUUUAAAUAUUAUCAUUCAGAAAGGGUACUUUACUCCCUUUCCUGAACUUAGGACGAAUGAACAAUUUCUGUAUAUUUUGUAUUUAAUUUAUUUAUGAUUGUGUUUUGUUCAGAUGACCACCUGUACUGAUGCAGAGAAAGGCCGCACUUGUUACAGAGUUCUAAUGUUUAAUUUACAGCAAAAGUGUUUUCUGAAAGAUAAACAGAAAGUCUUUAAGGAAACAGGUUAAGUUACCAAAUGUACCCUCAGUGGAAGGUGCAGUACUUAUUAGGAGUUGGGGGUUUGAUUUAAGCGUUACACUGCCAAGUAAUGACUUUGAACUUUAAUUUGUAUAUAACAGAUUUUAUUUUAACUGUUCUGCAUUAUUUGAAGAUUGUAGAUACUACUUACUUUCUGUGUGUGUGUGUGUGUGUGUGUGUGUGUGAGCUGUCAAAUAAUACAAUAUGCUCUCCAGCUUUCACAAGUAAGAUGUCCAGUGACAUUUAACUCUUGGCUCUGCUUGGUCUAGAGAGACUUAUCAGUUCUUUGUUCUGCUCUUUACUUGUGUUUAAUUUUUUUGCCAGCAGGUGGGGAGAAGUCUCAAUAUUGUAUCUGGUGCACACAGAAGCUGCACAGUACCAGUAGUAACAUGUAAUGCAUAUGUAGAGCAUGCCUCUUGUCGUGACUAGCACCAGUACUCAGCUGGUGUGAGAGCUAUAUUAGCUGUAUAAAAGCUGUAAAAGAUUAA